CAUCUCUCGUGAGAUAAACAUCAACAUGGUUCGUCUGGCGACUGCAGCGCAAAGCUGUGCCAUUGCACUGGCAACACUCUCCAGUCUGGCAUCGGCAGUCCCCUUUUACACCCUCAACACGGCAUUCGAGACCACUCCGCUGGAAGCGAGAGAUAUUAAAGAAAAGGACUUUACGCUUCGCGUCCUCCCACUUGGGGCCUCGAUUACCGUGGGCUACCUGUCGAGUGAUAACAAUGGGUAUCGCAAAGCGCUUCGAGAGCAGCUUCGAUAUGCGGGAUGGCCGGUGAAUAUGGUGGGGAGUUUGCAGGUGGGAAAUAUGACGGAUAAUGAUAACGAAGGGCAUUCUGGAUAUCGGGUUGAUGAAAUCGCCCAAGAGGCAGAGAAGAGCAUUCCGUUUCAACCGAAUUUGAUUCUCAUCAAUGCCGGUACAAACGACGCAGUUCAGAAGCACAACACCAGCACAACCGGCGAACGUAUGGAUGCCCUCAUCGCCCGUUUAUACGAGGCCAUCCCAGGAACCACCAUCAUCCUAUCUACCCUCCUCCCCAACAAACUUCAACCCGACAUUAUAAACGAUAUCAACGACCAAUACCGCAAGAUCUACACCCGUCGCCACAAUAACAACGACAAAAUCGUCCUGGCCGACAUGCCCACUUUCAUCACCAAGGACGAUCUCAACGACGAUACCCACCCCACCGAUGCCGGAUACGUCAAAAUGGCCUCGGUCUGGUGGGCCGCGAUCAACGAAGCCGACAGCAACGGACUCCUCACCCCGCCGAAAGAUACCGGAAUCAAUGAUACGCUGCACACGACCUGCGAGAAGAAAUACGGCAGUGGCGCGUCCGAGUAUGCCCAGACACAACGUGGAAGUGGAUUCGACGAUGGCGACUACGAGCACAAUGCCGAGUACAUGGGGCGGAUAUUCGAGAUGGGCAAAUCUGCUGGCGACGAUGUUGCUUCGGGGCUUCACUUUGCGCAGUUGGUUAAUACUACCGGUGCGUAUCGUGAGGGCGCGUUGGAUGAGCUUGUCUGGACGAAGGAUGGGGAUGAAACGUAUAUGUUCUUGAAUGAGGGUGAUGGAAAGUUUGGAAAUGGGUAUCAGAUUGAUGUUAAGGAUAAGUGUUUGGCUAGAGGCGUUCGAUGGGGCGAUCUGAACAACGACGGCUACGACGACUUUAUCUGCAUUGCUCGCAAUGGAGCCAUGUAUGUCUCGAUGCACCGGGGCGUGAUGGAUGGUAUUCCCACGUUUGAGAGCAUCGGCCUUGUAAGGGGCGCACCGGGCGAUGAUCUGGGCCAGGAAAAUGUCCGACUGGGCGAUAUUGACGGUGAUGGACGGGUUGAUUACUGCCUCAUCCACGGAAAUGGCGACAUCCGAUGCUGGCGCAACGGCGGCCAAGGAGACGCCCCAACAACCAAAAACAACGGCUACUGGCAAGAUCUCGGAAUCGUCUUCACCGGAAAGGGAAUGGGCGAUAUCUCCGGUGUGCAGCUAAUCGACAUCAACGGCGACUUCCGCAGUGACUGGCUCUGGAUGGACGAUACCGGCAAGGUGACUACAUAUAUCAACAACCGCGGAACCGGAAAGGGCAGUCUGGUGCCGGAUUGGCGGAGUGUUGGUGUGACACACGCCGGUAUGAAUGUCAAAGGUGCAAAAGACAACAUCAAGUUCGGUCAAGUCUAUGCUGGGAAUGGAGCCGAUUAUGUGUGGUUUGAGACUGUUGAGGCGGCGGGUGGAGAUGGUGAGACGGAUGACCAUUACGCCCAUGCGUGGAAGAAUACCGGAAAGGGAGGAGCUCACUUGAAGGGUGACGGUGUCUAUUACUGUGAUAUGCGUGGCACUGGCGCAGAUGACUAUAUCUGGGUCUCGCCAACAGGAACCGGAUAUCUAUAUGGCAAUGUUCACAAGCCCCCAGUCUGGAGUCCCGAGGGCCAGCAGAUCUUCGAGGCCAAUGCCGAUCGCAAGGCUGUUCACCUCGCUGACUUUGAUGGCGAUGGAAAGUGUGACCUUUGGGUAACAGACCGAACUACCGGAUCUGCUGAAGUCUGGAUCAACCAGUAUGACCUGGCAUCAGAGACGAUGAAAUGGAAUCCUAUUGGUUCUGUCACUGGAAAUGCCAGCUGUACCCAAGGAUGGAGUGUUGGUCUUUAUGACAUUGGAUUGGCAUUCCACGACAUUGAUGGUGAUGGACGUGCUGACUACCUGUGCAUGGAACCGAACGGAACCACCACUGCCUUCUUGAAUCAAGGUGUAAAGGACUUCAAAGAUAUGGGCCAGAUCAAGCGAUCCCAAGGAUACGACCGUGCCAACCACCGCUGGGCUGAUGUGAAUGGCGACGGCCGAGCCGACUUCCUCUGGAUCGACAAGUUCAGCGGCAAUGUUACAGUCUGGAACAACGACGGGAAAUUGCCAGAUGGGAAGCUCGCCGCGGGCUCAACCUUCAAAUGGACACAGCUUAAAGGUCCCCGAUACGCGGGCGUCGACCGAGGUGCGAACCUGCACUUCGCCAAUCUGGGUGGACUGGGCCGAGCAGACUUAGUCCAGGUUAUUCCAAGGACGAAUCUUGCCUAUACCUGGUUUAACACUUGUCCUGGGGGGAUGGAUGAUCAAGAUCCCUCGAUCAAUCCCAAGCUACCGGUGUAUACUCGCCAGAAAGGCAACUAGGAACUCACCAUACAAGUGGUUCAUGUUUUGAGGAUAAGAUCAAUUAUAUAGAAUAAAGCUGGUAUUUAUCUUACGUUAUAUCUUGGCCGGGGAAUCGGUUAUGUGUAUUUAAACAAAUGGAUCCACAUGGUGGAGAUGGUGGGAGUAUGGAGCUAUCUUUAACUUCUUUAUUGUAUUAUACUAUGCUUGCAGUCACAAAUACUACAGUUAUAUGGAUCUUACCGA